AUGGCCAGUGUCACUCCGGUCAAGCUCAAGAAGCUGCAGCUCGCUGAGCCGGCCAAGCGCGCCGCCCAGCUCGAGCGCGUCAAGCCCAUCAUGACCUACUGGCUGAGGUUCUAUAUGGUUCAGAAAAUAAUCGCCGGUGGUUUGCACUCGGCCGAUCCAGAGUGCACCGCCUACACGACCGAUCUCAUGGAGAAACUCGAACAGGCAAAGGCCGAGAACCCUGGCGAGGAGGCCUUGGUGGACGACACCGUCGCAAGCGCUUACUGCGAGCAGUUUGCCCUCCAGACCCUAUCCAAGGCGGAGCGCGAGAUGGCUGAGAAUAGAGUCAAUGGACAAACAGUCGAUACUCUGCGCGCAGCCUCCACAUUCCUCGAGAUGAUGUCCGUCUGGAAGAACAACGACGCUGAAAUCGCCGCAAAGACAAAGUACGCCAAGUACCACGCCCUGCGCAUCCUCAAAGCUAUCAAGGCUGGCGAAGAUCCCAAUACCACCAACCCCGUGCAAGAAUCCCAACAAGCUGCAUCGCCGCCUGCUCUGGAUCCAGAAGACCCAGAAGUACAGCGUAUAAAUCAGGGCGCUCCACCGCAAAGUCCAUACCAACCCUACGUCGAGUCGGCCCCAGAUACCUCACAACCAUCACCCAACUUCUCCGCUGCUCCAGCGUCGCCUCCUGCUCCCGAUCUCCCUUCUGCGCCUACCGGGUACACACAGCCCUCGCAUAGCGACGUAUCUCCCAUUUCACAGCCCGCCCAGUCACGGCAGGGUUCCGUCACUUCUAUAGGCGGGGGGUAUUUCCCGAAGACAGAUCCUCCUACCUUCACAGGAGAGUCGGCGCCACCCGGUCUACCAACAGCGCCAAUGGAUCGCGAUCCCUUGACAUCUUCUCUGCCUACUAGUCCCCAAGCACCGCAAGCGCCUGGUCCAUCGGAUCCUGCGAGCUUCUACCAAAACCCUGCAUCACCACCAGCCGCUCCGCCUGUCCAGAAUACCUACCAAUCUCCUCCGCAAGAUCAAUACGCACCACCACAGACGGGCGCUCUCCCGCCUCAGCAACAGUACACACCAACGCCGCACCAGAACCCAUAUGCUCAAUCUGCACCGCCACCCCAGCCUUUACAUCACUACUCCAAUGGCCCUUUCAAGAAUGACGAAGACUCCAUUGCGCUGGCCCAAAAGCAUGCCAAGUGGGCAAUUUCGGCGCUAAACUUCGAAGAUGCUGACACCGCGGUAAAAGAACUACGCAUCGCUCUCAAGGCUUUGGGCGCAUAA